AACUGUGACAGCAGCAGCUAUCUCGUCUCUUUGUCGGGUGGUACAGUACAGCUCUGCUCCCCCGCCGCCCGCCCGCCCCCUCGGCGCUGGUGUGUGCCCGCUGCUCUGCUUACACAAUAACUGUGCAUCGAUUGAGUCCAGCUCCAGCGAGAAGAGAAGCAGCCCAGGACUAACUCUCGUUCGACAUAAGAAUAAAAGGAUAUUACGUUAGCGAACAGCAGUCGUGUGUGAUCAGUAUUUGUUGUAUUUGUCUCGUUCCAACGCGAAUCGGUUCUAGUGCUGAAAACAAGUUCAAUACUGCUAACGGGGUAGUUUUCUGCGAAAGCCCCCAAAACACAAUACGCAACGCCAAGCGCAAAAAUUGUGUAAUAGCACCCAAACGUGUAAAAGUUUUAUCAAGUUUUUAUUUUGUACUUUGUUAAUCGUGUUUUAUUUGCCCCAACCGUUGUCGUGCUUUACAUUUUUGUUUGUUGAUCGUUUUACCUGUCUCGCCUCUAAUAAGCUUAAACAAGAAUCCGCAUAAUGAGUGCUCAGCAUGGGAGGGCGGACUCUUAUCGAGUCGCCACGGUUAUAGCCACCGAUGACGACAAUCGCACAGCCGAUGGCCAGUACAAGUCAAGACGCAAGAUGCCGGCCAAAGUUAAUAAAAAGGAGAAUUUAGAUGAUCUCAAACAGGAGUUGGAUAUCGAUUUUCAUAAAAUCUCUCCUGAGGAAUUGUAUCAGCGCUUUCAGACACAUCCCGAAAAUGGUCUAAGUCACGCCAAGGCCAAGGAAAACUUGGAGCGCGAUGGUCCCAAUGCGCUGACGCCACCCAAGCAGACGCCCGAAUGGGUGAAGUUCUGUAAGAACCUGUUCGGUGGCUUCGCCAUGUUGCUGUGGAUCGGUGCUAUUCUCUGCUUUGUGGCCUAUUCUAUCCAGGCCAGCACCAGCGAGGAGCCGGCCGACGAUAAUUUGUAUCUGGGUAUUGUACUUUCCGCUGUCGUCAUCGUGACGGGCAUUUUCUCAUACUAUCAGGAAUCGAAAAGUUCUAAGAUCAUGGAAUCGUUCAAGAACAUGGUACCCCAGUUCGCCACCGUCAUCCGCGAGGGCGAGAAACUCACGCUGCGCGCUGAGGAUCUCGUUCUGGGCGAUGUCGUUGAGGUGAAGUUCGGCGACCGUAUCCCCGCUGAUAUCCGCAUCAUCGAGGCGCGCAACUUCAAGGUGGACAACUCCUCGCUGACCGGCGAGUCGGAGCCGCAGUCCCGCGGUGCCGAGUUCACCCAUGAGAAUCCACUGGAGACCAAGAAUCUGGCCUUCUUCUCCACCAACGCCGUCGAGGGCACUGCCAAGGGCGUGGUCAUCAGCUGUGGUGAUCACACCGUCAUGGGCCGCAUUGCUGGCCUUGCCUCCGGUCUAGACACCGGCGAGACGCCCAUUGCCAAGGAGAUCCACCAUUUCAUCCACCUUAUUACCGGCGUGGCCGUGUUCCUGGGCGUCACCUUCUUCGUGAUUGCCUUCAUCCUGGGCUACCACUGGCUGGACGCUGUCAUCUUUUUGAUCGGUAUCAUCGUCGCCAACGUGCCCGAGGGUCUGCUGGCCACCGUCACUGUGUGCCUGACCCUUACCGCCAAGCGUAUGGCCUCCAAGAACUGUCUGGUGAAGAAUCUGGAGGCCGUGGAGACCCUUGGCUCCACAUCGACCAUCUGUUCCGAUAAGACCGGCACCCUCACCCAGAACCGAAUGACGGUCGCCCACAUGUGGUUCGAUAAUCAGAUCAUCGAGGCCGACACAACUGAGGAUCAGUCGGGUGUUCAAUACGAUAGAACCAGCCCUGGAUUCAAGGCGCUCUCUCGCAUUGCCACUCUCUGUAACCGUGCCGAGUUCAAGGGAGGCCAAGAUGGCGUCCCCAUCCUCAAGAAAGAAGUCAGUGGAGAUGCCUCCGAGGCUGCUCUGCUCAAGUGCAUGGAACUGGCUCUGGGCGAUGUGAUGAACAUUCGCAAGCGUAAUAAGAAGAUUGCCGAGGUGCCCUUCAACUCCACCAACAAAUACCAAGUUUCCAUCCACGAAACCGAGGAUUCCAACGAUCCGCGCUACUUGCUCGUUAUGAAGGGAGCCCCCGAACGUAUCUUGGAGCGCUGCUCUACCAUUUUCAUCAACGGCAAAGAGAAGGUUCUGGACGAGGAGAUGAAGGAGGCGUUCAACAAUGCCUACAUGGAACUCGGUGGACUGGGUGAGCGCGUGCUCGGUUUCUGUGACUUUAUGCUGCCAUCCGACAAGUAUCCCAACGGCUUUAAGUUCAACACCGACGACAUCAACUUCCCCAUCGAUAAUCUGCGUUUCGUCGGCCUUAUGUCCAUGAUUGAUCCCCCACGUGCUGCCGUGCCCGAUGCCGUUGCCAAGUGCCGAUCAGCCGGUAUCAAGGUCAUCAUGGUCACCGGCGAUCACCCGAUCACUGCCAAGGCCAUCGCCAAGUCUGUCGGUAUUAUAUCCGAGGGCAACGAGACCGUCGAGGACAUUGCCCAGCGCCUCAACAUCCCCAUCUCUGAAGUGAAUCCCCGCGAGGCCAAGGCCGCCGUCGUCCAUGGCGCUGAGCUCCGUGAUGUGUCCAGCGACCAGCUUGAUGAAAUCCUCCGCUACCACACCGAGAUCGUCUUCGCCCGUACCUCGCCCCAGCAGAAACUGAUCAUUGUCGAGGGUUGCCAGCGCAUGGGAGCUAUUGUGGCCGUGACUGGUGAUGGUGUCAACGAUUCUCCCGCUCUAAAGAAGGCCGAUAUCGGUGUUGCCAUGGGUAUUGCCGGUUCCGAUGUGUCCAAGCAGGCUGCUGACAUGAUUUUGCUGGACGACAACUUUGCCUCCAUUGUGACUGGUGUGGAGGAGGGUCGCCUGAUCUUCGAUAACCUGAAAAAGUCCAUCGCCUACACCCUGACCUCCAACAUUCCCGAAAUCUCGCCCUUCCUGGCCUUCAUCCUCUGCGACAUACCACUGCCACUGGGAACCGUGACGAUUCUGUGCAUCGAUCUGGGCACUGACAUGGUGCCAGCCAUUUCAUUGGCCUACGAACAUGCUGAAGCCGAUAUUAUGAAGCGUCCGCCACGUGACCCCUUCAACGAUAAAUUAGUGAACUCAAGGUUGAUUUCGAUGGCCUACGGACAGAUCGGCAUGAUCCAGGCCGCCGCCGGCUUCUUUGUGUACUUCGUCAUCAUGGCUGAGAACGGCUUUUUGCCCAAGAAACUGUUCGGCAUUCGUAAGAUGUGGGACUCAAAGGCUGUCAACGAUCUAACUGACUCCUACGGUCAAGAAUGGACCUACCGCGACCGCAAGACCUUGGAGUACACAUGCCACACGGCCUUCUUCAUCUCGAUCGUGGUUGUGCAAUGGGCCGAUCUGAUCAUCUGCAAGACGCGUCGUAACUCGAUCUUCCAGCAGGGCAUGCGCAACUGGGCUUUGAACUUUGGCCUCGUCUUUGAAACCGUGCUGGCCGCGUUCCUCUCGUACUGCCCGGGCAUGGAGAAGGGUCUGCGCAUGUACCCCCUGAAACUCGUCUGGUGGUUCCCGGCUAUUCCAUUUGCGCUGGCUAUCUUCAUCUAUGACGAGACCCGUCGUUUCUACUUGCGCCGCAACCCCGGAGGCUGGUUGGAGCAGGAGACCUACUAUUAAACACCCACACUGCUACACUCCCACACACACAGCCACAUGCCCACACACGAACACACACCACAACAAGAGCAACCAGGAACACCCACAAAAAACACCUACAAUCCAUGGAGAGCAACAAAUAGAAAUGUUUAUGAACCACAAAACCCACGAAACCCACAAAAGCAACACAACCA